CGCUCAACACCGGUAGAAUAUGGUCGGUGUCAGUAAAAUGUUACCAGCAGCACAGUUACAGCCACCACCAACGCUCUGGAUAACAUGAAUACAGCUCUGCUAUGGAAAAUAAAAUAGUCAGUGAGGUGUUCUCAUAUUUGUGUCUGGAAGUAGCUAGCAAGUUAGCUUGACUGCGGUUGUGAGGUCCGACCGCUCGGUUCAACUCCACUCCUCGGCCAGAUACGCUCUGAAUUUACGAACCGCCAGAGCGCACUCUGGAAAUGCAGAUCAAUUUUUACGAAAACACACAACUUUUUUUUUAAAUGGUUACUUCCGGUUCCGGUUUAGACGCCUGGGAAGCUAGCUAGCUACUUCGAUACAGGUUUCAAUUGCUUCUUUGACCCAUCAUCUCUUCACUGGCAACUUUCUCAACAGAGAUUAGAUACGUCUACGUUCUGGCAUGUCUCACAACUACUCCUACAGACGACCACCACCAGCUAAAGAUCUAAGAGAUAGCUCUUUCGACUCUCCAGAUCACCUGCACCCUGGAAACCACAGUGACAAUGUUUACAGAUCGUCUCAGGAGCCACCAUCUCAUUGCACAAUACCAUCCUACCCAUACUCCUCAUCCAGAGCCUCCGCUGCCACCGAGUCCCCUUACUCCUCCUCACUAAACAGGUCAGACCAAACUCUCCUGAGCAGCUGUGGGCUCGAGCCCAAAGACUUGUCUCUACUAGCCGAGAUGCCUGAGGAUCUCAACAACGUGGAGAACCUACCACAUCUGGUCCUGGAGAUCAAGAAGAAGAGGGCGACACAGCAGUCGCCAUAUCCAGCUAUGAUCUCUUACCCUCUUGCUGCCACAUCUCGUCCCCCCUCUGCUACCCCGCCUCCAGGCCGUGUGUGGGAGCAGGGUGACCGGAGUCGUUCUCAACAAUUAGACUACCCGUUGGACAUCCACCCCUCUCUUCCCCCUUCCCAACUUCUUCCCACAGAACAGGCUGAGCCCUGGCAACUAGAUCAGCAUGGCAACUCAAUGCAGUACACACGCUCUCGCCUAGAACCUGUGCCUGUCCGAGUUGUGGACUACCACUAUGGUAAAGAAACUCCCAGAAGUUACCAAACUCCUAGGUCCACUUACAGCACGGCCCAAGGAGGAAGCAGCAACAGCUGGAAACCCCCCAACUCAUCCCAACCAGCAGUAGAUUACAGGUACUCACCACCACCGACUACAGACUACAGACCACGCCCAGACCAAGAUGUCCCAGUUGUCACAAUCAAGAUGGCCACCUCUGGCAACACUCCCACCAAGAAGGCUGCUCUUGACUUCCACGGAGAAAUCCCCAAAACGUUUCCUCAUUCGUGCUCUCUCUGUAAUAUUACCGUGCUCUCUGAAAAGUACUGGUUCCCACAUGCCAAUGGAACUCAACAUGCAGAGGGACAGCUCACACUUCUUAAAAUGUAUCCUGAGUGGGAUUGCCAGAUGCAGACCACCAGAAAUGGUGAUGAGACCGAAGAAGAGACCGAAGAAAAGACAAAGAGACCGAAGAAGAGAAGAAAAGAGAAGACUGGUGGACCUUCCCAUAGGUUGAUUAACUACUUGGGUAAACCGUCAAGUAGCGGUUCUAGAGAAAGCAAAGACCCUAAGACAAAGGUUACUAAGAGGAGUGGCAAAGUGGUUUGUGCCAAAUUCUCUGCCCGGUGUCUCAACGAAGAUGGUUUGAAGGACCUGAUUAAACCGUUUGGGGAAGUUGUGAAAAUCAUCAUGUUCCCUGCUUUGCUUCAGGCGUUUGUGGAGAUGGGCUCAAAGGACCAGGCCGCUGAUAUUGUGACAUACUACCUCAGUAACCCAGUGAUGGUGAAAGGAGGACAAGUCACCUUCUCUGUCUCUUCAACAUUUAAUUUCCUGCAGAGUUCCCGGGUGUUGCGUUUUUCCCCUGUGCCUUCUGGCAAAGAGUCUGCCGCGUGGAAGAGAGAGUUACUGGCCGUAGCUGAAGGAUUUGGACCUGUAAAGCGCACUCUAUUCUUACCCACGCAGGCAUUUGUGGAAAUGACAAAUGCACUAGAUGCACAGAAGCUGGUUGGACACCAUACGUCUAAACACCUGAAAAUAGAUGAGAUACAUAUUAAAGUGGCCUUCUCUUCAGAGUAUAAUACACUUCGGACCAUAUCUGACAGGAAGUCUUCAGACAGGAAGUCUCCAGACAGGAGCAGGAAUUCUGAAGACCGAUCUAAGAGGAAGAGAACCCCAAGCCACAGAAGGCGGUCCCUCAGCCCCAGGAGAGAUUCCCCAACCACCUCAAAAAGGAGGAGGAGUAGAGAGAGGGAUAGCGACCAUCACAAAGAACGAGUGAAAUCAAACUGUGGGGGUAAAGGCAGUCCAAGGUCCCCCAGCAAACAAAGUUCCAGCCGGUCAUCCGGAAGCCCUCGCAGGCCAAGGUCCCCCAGCAAACAGAGCUCCAGCCGGUCUUCCAGAAGCCCUCGCAGGCCAAGAUCCCCCAGCAAACAGAGCUCCAGCCGGUCUUCCAGAAGCUCUCGCAGGCCAAGAUCCCCAAGCAAACAGAGCUCCAGCCGGUCUUCCAGAAGCCCUCGCAGGCCAAGGUCCCCCAGCAAACAGCGCUCCAGCCGGUCUUCCAGAAGCCCUCGCAGGCCAAGGUCCCCCAGUAAACAGAGCUCCAGCCAGACCUCCAGAAGCCCUCGCUCCCAUACUAAAGAGAGGGUCUCCAGUGAGAAGAAGACCCCAGGUUCUGGUAAAAUAGACCCCAAGAAGGACAAGGUAUCUCCCAGUUCCACUCGCUCACAACCUCCCACCAAGGAUAAGACCCCAUCCCUGUCCUCCACUGUGAUGGAGAAGUCCGAAGAGGCUGUCGACAAGACUGACCAGAGCAAGAAAAAAACUGAGACUCGGGAGGAUGGAGCCACGGAGGCCUGUGAUAUGGACAGUGACAUCGAGGGGAUGGCCGUGUAUGGGGAGGAUGGGGAGAAGAACUCUGACAUGGGCGAGGAGGAAGAGGAAGAGGGGCAAGUAGGGGAGAAAGAGGGAGAGGUAGGAGAGGCAGAAGUAGUAGAGGGAGAGGGAGAGGUAGGGGGGAAACAGGAAGAUGGGCAAGUAGUGGAGGAAGAGGAAGAGGUAGAGGAGGAAGAGAAGGGAGAGAAACAGCAGGAGAGUGCUGAGGACUUGAUCCAAGAGCUCUCAGCUACCGGAUCAGAACAGGGGAAAGCGUUCUCAGCUACCGGAUCAGAACAGGGGAAAGCGUUCUCAGCUACCGGAUCAGAACAGGGGAAAGCGUUCUCAGCUACCGGAUCAGAACAGGGGAAAGCGUUCUCAGCUACCGGAUCAGAACAGGGGAAAAAGAGAGAUGAUGAAGACCAGAAAGCAGAUGCUUCAUAUGUUGAUGAGGAGGAGCAUGAUUUCCCAGAGGGCCAUGAGAACCCUAUCACUCUGGAUGACCUAGAGCAGGAUUCGUCAGCUGAUGACCAAGAUAACCAGUCAACAGAUGAGCCCAAGAGCAGGUCCAAGAGCAGGUCCAAGAGCAGGUCCAAGAGCAAGUCCAAGAGCAGGCCCAAGAGCAGGCCCAAGAGCAGGCCCAAGAGCAGGUCCAAGAGCAAGAACUCAGGACGUGAUCAGACAACCAGUAGAGUGAUCUACGUCAGAAACCUUCCCAAAGGCUUCUAUACAGAGAAGGACUUCCUGAAGAUUGUUAAAGGCUUUGGGAGAGUGCACUGCUAUUAUCUCCAUCGCAAUGGUGUAGAGGGCUUCAUUGAGAUGGAGAGUUCUUCUGAUGCGACAAAGGCUUUAAGAGAGCUGCGUUACUAUGGCUAUAAAUUAUACGACCAGUACGUGGUGGCCACGCGGUCUGAUAAAUACAGAAGACUAACAACAGGGUUGAAACCUGAAUCAGACUCUGAUUCUGAAAGUGAUCUGAAGAAAGAUCACAGGAAUACUAGAAGCAGCAGGAUCAGGAUAAGGAGAUGGGUCAUCAGUCACUCAAAGUCAGCAGCUAAGGACGAGGAGACGAAAGAGGAGGACGAGGAGACGAAAGAGGAGGACGAGGAGACGAAAGAGGAGGACGAGGAGACGAAAGAGGAGGACGAGGAGACGAAAGAGGAGGACGAGGAGACGGACGAGGAGACGGACGAGGAGACGGACGAGGAGACGGACGAGGAGACGGACGAGGAGACGGACGAGGAGACGGACGAGGAGACGAAAGAGACGGACGAGGAGACGGACGAGGAGACGAAAGAGGAGGACGAGGAGACGAAAGAGGAGGACGAGGAGACGAGAAAGGAGGACGAGGAGACGAACGAGGAGACGAAAGAGACGAACGAGGAGACGAAAGAGACGGACGAGGAGACGGACGAGGAGACGAAAGAAGGGGACGAGGAGACGAAAGAGGAGGAUGAGGAGACGGACGAGGAGACGGACGAGGAGGAGGACGAGGAGACGAAAGAGGAGGAUGAGGAGACGGCACAACAAGUACACUCCGAACAGCGUAGUAAACAAUCGUCUGAUCCAGCUAAACACUUUCACAUGGACAGAGGAGCGUCUAAAUUGAAUACUGACAAAUGGUCCAACAGUGAAGACCAAAACAAGGCCUCUGUCUCUGCUGCUGAAGAUGAGAAGCGGGCCUGUAGCACCGAGGACAAUGUAGAAACCAAGAUGGAGGAUAAUGUGGAAAUAGGACCAGAUUACGUGAAGACUGGUAUGGAGUCAUCAUUCCAGCCCAACAACCCAGUGGGAACGGAAUUCAUUCAACCUGUCAUGGGCUACUUCUGCAACCUGUGUCAAGCCAUUUAUGUCAAUGAGGACGAAGCAAAGUACCAACACUGCAGCAGCCUUUGUCACUAUCUGAAGUUUAUGGAACAUUCAGGUAAAGACAAAGCCUCUAGCUAAAGGAUGGUCCAUCUCUGUAGGAAGUUGACAAGAUGACAGUCUUAGACCCAAUUUAACGGGAAGUGUACAAGUGCACACUUCUGGAGGAGUGUGAAGAAUUGGGAUUUUGCCAUGUCUUACACUCAGAAGAACGGCACAGGUUUACCUAAUCCACGAGAGGCUCUUUGUGAAACUCAACCUAGAACAAUAAAUGGGAUUACAGAUUACGUUAAUCUGUAUUGGUUUAUAUGAACAAAUGUACAGCACCUACCUAGAUAUAUUGUUAUGUUUGUGUUAUAAUAGCUCCGAUCUACUUCCUGUAACUUGAUUUGUGUGUCCUGUGCUUGGAAUUAAAGCUAUUAGAAAACCCUA